AUGCCGCACGCAAUGGAGAAUCAUGUCUCUGGCAUGGAUGCGGCGCCAUCAGGUCCUCGCAAGUUGGUUCUCUGCCUGGACGGCACGGGGAACCAAUUCCAGGGGUUUGAACGUGAUUCCAACAUUGUGAAGAUCUACCAAAUGCUGGAAAAGAAUACCCCAAACCAGUAUCAUUACUACCAGCCGGGAAUCGGGACCUAUGUUGAAGGUCAAUCGUCCAGCUCAGGAUUUUUUCGCUUUACCCGACGUCUGAAGUCGAAUAUCAUAACGACCGUUGAUCAGGGUGUGGGCACAACGUUCGAGAGCCAUGUGCUGGCGGCCUAUCGCUUUAUUAUGCGAUAUUACACCUCCGGGGAUCACAUCUACAUUUUUGGGUUCUCGAGAGGCGCCUACACCGCGCGGUUCCUGGCUGAAAUGAUCCAUGAACUGGGCUUGCUCUCUCAGGGCAACGAAGAAAUGAUCCGCUUUGCGUGGGAUACUUUCAGCAACUACCAGGUCGCGCGGACGAAUCCUGAUCCCACGCCCAAGGACGAGGCGUUGAUCAAAUACAUGAAGAAAUUCCACAUCACCUUCUGUCGUCCGCGGGUGCAAGUUCAUUUCCUCGGGCUGUUUGAUUGUGUGAACAGCGUAGGGCAAUUCGAGAUCCCCUUCAGUCGCAAGUCGCACCAGUACCUGGUCAGUCCCGCCGCACGACACAUUCGUCACGCAGUUUCCAUCCAUGAGCGGCGUCUCAAAUUCAAGCCCGCCUUGUUCUUGCUCGAUCCGAGCAAGACCGUGGACCUGAAGGAAGUCUGGUUUGCCGGAAACCAUGCUGACGUGGGCGGCGGGUGGAGUCUCGCCCCAGGCCAGCACCAUCUUCUCUCGGAUACCCCGCUGAAUUGGAUGCUGCAAGAGGUGCUCCAUCUCGAGGGCUCCGAAAGCAAGAUCUCCUUUCACACCCUGAACGUGGAGGACGUGGUCGAGCGGGAGAAUGCCUUCCCCGGCAAAGAGGAGCCGGGCACGACGGCGUACGAUGUGCGGAGACGGACGAACCAGCCACACGACAUGCUGGCAUUUAAUCGGGGGGUGAGCUUCAUCAUGGUGCUGUUUUGGUGGAUCUUCGAAAUUCUCCCCCUGUUCACCCGGUUGGAGCUGGAAGAGGGGAGAUGGAUCCCCCGUCGAUUGCCGCCGAACUUGGGCGCACCUCGCGACAUCCCCCGAGGAGCUAUCAUCCAUCAUAGUGUAGACGAGAUGCUCCGUGCGGGCAUCCUCGACCCGGAAUCAAUUCCCCCGCCUGGUGGAGGAAACUCUCACCUGCCCUCGACGGACAAGAUCACCGGUGCGUGGAAGAACAUGAGGAAGAACCUCAGCCCGCCACCGUCACCCGAGAGCGAAAAUGCACCUGCGGGGCAAAGAAAAGCAAAGAGAGCCGAUUGA